UUUUGGUCAGAAAUCGGCAAACAUAAAAGGCUGAGUACGACAAUCUGGCACCGUUCGACGACAACUUUGCACCAAUGGGCGGCGAGAGUCGGCUCGCUGGGCAGCCAAUGGCGGGCCGAGGCGAGGCUCUGUAAACAAUGCAGUGCAGUUCAAUGUUCCGCGGGAAGGUGACGUGUUGCUUCCUGUACAGAGACGCGCUGUGCCUUCAUUCAUCGCAGGAGAACAUACAGUGAAGGGGGAAGGUGGUCUGCGCGAGCAGCUGCAUGUGUCGAGAUGGAAAAGAACGGUCGAGUGCCAAAAACCCCUACAGCUGCCUCCCCAAGGGUUGCCAGCAGCCGCAGCACUCCACGCCUCAUGAGGACACCCUCCACUACUUCUGCCCCCUCCACUGCCUCAAGGCCCAGGGGUCUGCCAGCACGAGUCCCCAGCACUCCCACUACUCCCUUGGUUAGCCACAAGUCCACCUCUGCUGCUGGCACACCAAGUAUCAUCAAUGGAUCAGGAACUAAAAGGGUUCAAAAGGAAAAUGACUACCAUAAGACAGAAUCCAGCCAGGUCAAGCUAGGGGCACAGAGGUCCAGGAGCACAAGAGACCUAGCCGAGAGGAAGGAAGACGACACAAAGGAGAGAGACAGCACAGGCAGAAUCUUGACUUCAAAUUAUCUCAAUGUUCCCACUCCAAGGAGGAUGUCAGGAGCUAACUUGAGAGGAUCUUUUGACUCCAAGUCAUCUACACCAUCCAGGUCAUCUACAGGCAGGGCCUCCCUACCUUCCAAAUGCUCCCUCGGUCCUGCCACUCCAACAACCACCUCUUCUAGGCGGUCUGGGGCAUCAAAGGUCCGUGUAUCAGGCCAUGGUCAGCUGACUAAGGGAGGCUGCCCAAGUGUAACACCAGAUGUUGUCCAUAAGUCUUGGAGUAAUCUCUGCAGUCCAGACCCUGAUCCAUGCAGUGGAAGAGCAGAAACAACUUCUGUAUCUGUGGCAGUGCGUGUUCGGCCAUUCAAUGCAAGAGAAAAGAAUGAUGGAGAAGAGAGGAGCAUUCUUGAUGUGUCGGGCAACACCAUCACAAUCAUGCAUGAGAGCAGCACAAACCAGUCCUUCACCUUUGACCACUGCUUCUGGUCCUGUGAUGAGUGCCACCCUCGGUAUGCCUCCCAGGAAGAUGUUUAUGACACUCUAGCAGUACCUCUGCUGGACAAGGCAUAUGAAGGCUACAAUGUCUGCCUCUUUGCAUAUGGACAGACUGGUUCUGGAAAAAGCUACACAAUGCUGGGAGAAGACGCCCUUCGUGAGAUUGACUCAGCAGCCGCUACCAGUGCUGGUGUGAUACCUCGCUUCUGUACCGACCUCAUACAAAGAGCUCAGAAAGUCCAUGCUCGAAACCCUCCUCAGGGCCAGUUGCCUCACAUGCAAGUUGAAGUGGAACUGAGUUACAUUGAGAUAUACAAUGAACACAUCUAUGACCUCCUGGGAGGUACGUCCUCGGCUGGGGGCCGAGAGGCCUUGAGGGUGAGGGAGGAUCCUCAGAGUGGCCCCUAUGUGGAGGGUGUUGCCUGCCACACUGUCUCCUCCAUGGACCAUCUCAUGACCUGGCUGAUGCUGGGGAACAAGGAACGCUCCAUCGCUGCCACGGGUCUGAAUGAUAAGUCCUCCCGCUCACACGCAGUCUUCACACUCAAGCUCACCCAGACUCAGACUGAAGAUGUUGAGGGAGAGGAGUUGGAAAGCAGCAAAGUAAGCAUCAUCAACUUAGUGGAUUUGGCAGGCAGUGAAAGGGUGGGUGCCUCACUCUCACAAGGAGACAGACUCAAGGAGGGAGUAUGCAUAAAUAAAUCUCUGCUAACUCUUGGGAAGGUGAUCAACGCCCUUGCAGAGAGUGAGGGACGCAAGAGGCCCUUCAUUCCCUACAGAGAAUCGGUGCUCACAUUUCUCCUGAAGGAAUCACUUGGAGGCAAUUCAAGAACGGCAAUGAUAGCAACAGUGUCUCCAUCUAUGGUGAAUAUUGAGGAGACGCGAUCCACCCUUCGCUAUGCACAACAGACACGCAAAAUCGUCAAUCGUAACUACAUCAAUGAAGAUCCUACUGCUAUGAUUAUUAGGUCUCUCAAGAAGGAAGUUGAACGUCUGCGUCUUCAGCAGUUUGCCAAGGUUUCUUCCUUACUGUUUGAUGGAGAGGAGGAACUUGGGGAAGAGCACACCCAUAACAGGAGUGACGAUGGUUACAAGGAGAAGAUGCUCACAGAUAAAGAGAAGGACAUCUUAGAGAAGGAAAAGGAGAUGAAUGAGAUCAUAGAAGCUAAAGAGAAAGAAAUCAUGCUGCUGAGGGAGCAGCUGAGGUGUCAGCAAGUCCUGAAUGAGAAGACAAAGAGCCUUGAGCAGCGACUAAAAGAUACAGAGAGGCAGCAGCAGCAGGCCCUGGAGACCCUCCGACGCAUGGGUGUUGCUGAGAGGAAUGAAGAAGGUCCUGUUCUGAUCAACCUUAAUGAAGACCCACAGUUGUCAGAGAAACUGUCUUACAGACUCAAGUAUGGCACCACCUGCAUUGGAAGCUCCCACUGUGACCUUGUACUCUCUGGCCUGCACACAGAGGACACUCACUGUUCCAUAUUCAAUGAUAAGGGUCGGCUGAAGUUGUUCCCGAGGCCUGGGGCAGAAACUUAUAUCAACGGAAAGCUUGUGGAAGGUCCAGUAAAUCUGUCUCACUGUGAUCGCCUUGUUCUGGGUGGAACAUACUUUUUCAAGGUCAGCAUUUCAAACCAAGUAAAGAGGAAUGCAGUGAAACCAAACACUGUUGAUUUCUACUUUAUAAAGGAAGAACUGUUGAAGGAGCAAGAAAAAAGAUUACAGAAGGAGGCAAAAGAGGCUCUGGCCCUGAGUAAGGCUGAAUUGGAGCAGGAAUUGGAGAGGCACAAACAACAACUGCUAAGUGAUAUGGAAGAUGCCCAAAACCAACUGGCUGAGAAGCAGAAUCAAGUGUGUGAGCUGGAAGGGGCCCUUUGGAUGCAGAAGAAAGAAAAGUGCUUGCUGGAGGAGCAGCUCAAUAGGGACAGGCAAUUCAAAAUGUCAAGUGAAUUGUCUCCUGAGUCUUCAAGUCAUCCUCAAUCAAACUUUUUGCAAGAGGUUGAAGAUGUCUUUAAUGAGUCUGUCAUGGAAGUGAGAAAAGAGUCUCCAAACAUUUCUCCCAUGCUAACCUUUAGGAUCAAAGAAGCCAAUCAAAUAUGUAACAAGCUAAGGAAACCAUAUGAAUUCAUGAUUCAACAAGUGCUGAGCGAAAAAGGACUGGAAGUUGUGGUAGUGGUGAAAGACCUCCACCACCAAAUGACAGCCACCCUCUCCCUUCCUGCCUUCACUGACAUGCUUCAGGUCAUGCGCAGCAAUGUUAAGAAUGAAGAGGCAGAUGUUUUUGAGAGUGGUCUGUGCUGGGAAAAAGCUGGGGAUGUGAGCUGUGUACCAGGUUUUAUCAACAGGCUCCUGGAGUGCCCAUCCAUCCAGAACUGUAAUCUCUCCAUUAAUUCAUCCUUUAACACAUCAUCAUCCUCUAUCUUCAGUGUCUCCAGGAACAGGAAAAAGAGUAAUUUGCACCACCUAUCAGAGAUGUCCAUCCAAGAGAGCAGCCCCCAGGACACACUUCCUGUGUCUGUGGCGGCAGCCAUUUAUCAGGUCCUAGAAGCCCUGCCUGCCUGCCACCUGCACACACCUGUCACAUCCUCAGCCUGGAAGGCUCUCACUGACCUUCAUCAAGACACUCAGCGCAUCAAAGACCACACUACAGAGCCUGGGCACACCCUCGGUAAUGAAGAGUUGAGCAAAAUCCUCAUUCAGCUCCUUUGUCACAGCCAAGCAGUUGCUAGCUCUAUCUCUGCCAUAGCCACCUCUGAGGCUGUGGCCACAACACAAAGGAGAGACCAAAUCCAAGAUGACAUACGAAAAAACCUUCAGAAGCUCUCUAGCUGUACUUCAAGACUGUAUCAG